AUGUCCACGCAAACCGAAGCCCAACGCCGCGCCGCCGCGCGCAAAGCCAAGAUCCUUGCCCGCGGCAAUGCGGGUCUUGCGCGCCUCGCCCAGACCGCGCGCGGCGAAGAAGCAGACAAGCUGUAUGGCGACGACCUGCGUUCGUCGCCCGCUGGUUCGGCACCCAGCAGCCGUCCCGAGACGCCGGUACAGUCCGAGCCAUCCUCCGCCCCACGUCAGCCCGCCUCUGCUACAGCUGCGCCCCAGCCCGCCAGCCCAACCAGCCCCACUAGUUCAAAGCCAGGUUGGGCCAACACGACUCCGGGUCCGCCGACACCCGCAACUCGUGCUGCCGCUGCCGAUCCCACCAACUUGCCCGGUAUGGGGCGAGACGAGAUGCCGGACUUUAACGCGUUCAUGCAGCAGAUGAUGGCCGGUAUGGGUCCUGGUGGGCCUGGCGGACAGGGAUUUCCCGCACUGGCCGGCCCAGGCGGUGAGGGCGCGGAUCCGUUCGGGGGACAGGACCCCUUUGCGGCGCUCAUGGCGCAGAUGGGCGGUGGCGGUGGCGAUGGACAGAACCCGUUCGCGGGUAUGCCACCUGGUAUGAUGCCGCCCGGCAUGAUGCCCGGUAUGGGUAUGCCUGGCAUGGGGAUGGCGCCCGUCCCACCAAGCAAGACCCAGCGCCUCCUUCCGCUCAUCCACGCACUCGCCGUGAUCGCGUUCACGAUCUUCGUUGUGGUGUGGUGGGAGCCGACUAUGCAGCUCGUUCGGGCAGGUGGGCUCGGAGUCGAAUGGAGCGCGCGGUGGAAGGGUCUGGGAGGGCGGGCGGGAGGCUAUGUCGCCAAGACGUUUGGACAUCUUCCCGUGUUCUACGCCUUCUCCACGCUCGAGGCUAUGCUCCUCGCUUUCCGUGUUGUUAUCGUCAAACCCCAGCCCCGCCUGCACCCCCUCCUUGCAAACGUUCUUCCCAUGCUCCCGCUCAACAUCCAGCGUAUUGUGGUUACGGGUUCCAAAUACCUCGGUGUCGUGGGGCAGACGUACGCCGACGCGUGCCUGUUCAUCUUUGGCUUGGGGUGUGCGGUCGUGAUUGCCGAGUAUCUUUAG